AUGACCCCACCAUCGCAACCGCCUAAUGAAAAGGAGGAUCAAGAACGAUUCCAAAUGGAAUUGGAGUUUAUACAGUGUUUAUCUAACCCCUGGUACCUAAAUCAUUUAGCUCAACAGCAAUACUUCAAAGACGAAGCAUUCAUUCAUUACCUCGAUUAUUUACAAUACUGGAAACAACCCGAAUACGCAAAGUUUGUAGUAUAUCCGCACGCAUUACAUUUCCUUGACCUUUUGCAACACCAGCAGUUCAGAGAUCAUAUCAGUACAUCCGAAAAUACCCAAGAAUUACACCGCAUGCAGUAUUAUCACUGGAUGUAUCUUCGCAACUCUGGUCCUUCAAAAGAUCAUCAGCAGCCACAGCAGCAGCAGCAGCAGCAACCGCAACCACAACUAUCUCAACAACAGCAGGUACCACCACCAUCAACAGCAACAUCACAACAGUCGCAAGUACAACAUCAAUCAUAG